AUGUCGACCACGUCGAUUUCGCGCGAGGAAGAGCGCAAGCCGCUGAUGGAGGAGUUCUACCGGCAGCGGCGGAUUCUGCUCGGCUGCACGGUGCUCAUCGGCGCGGCGGCCUUCAUCUGGAUAGUGGCCAUCUCCACCGACCACUGGUUCGUCGUAACAGGUGGCCAAGGAAUCUUCAUCCCGGAAACGCGCCGAUACUUCAAAACGUCCCACUCGGGGUUGUGGAAAAUCUGCCGCUACGGCGUCAUACCGGCCGUGCUGGCGCAGGCCAACGUGACGCGCAACUUCACGACGCUCUCGUUCGUCAACGAGAACCGCAUCGCCACGAUGCGCAAGACGAUCGCGAAGGAACCGUACAUCCAGGACUUUCUGGCCACCGACCUGCGGACGGACAACGUGUCCGACGUCGACGACACCUUCCGGCGGCACCUGUUCGCGUCGUGGAUCGUGAACGAUGCGGGCCAGUUCGGCGAGCUGCGGACCGUCUUCCACGAGCUGACCGGCAAGCUGCGCCAGCAGGACAACGUGGCCGUGCAGAAGCUGAAGAACCCGCCGCUGAUGAUGCUCGACCCGACCGAUCUGAACGGGGUGCGGGAAGCGCUGAAGGAGGAAACGGUGGCCGCCGUCGUGGAGACGGUCAUCAUCAACUCGACCGAAAUCAACGUGCUGCUGCCGCAGGCACUCAAGGAGGCCCUGUUCGACGGGUGGGAGCAGAAACCGGGCGUCAUCUAUCUGCUCUGGGCGUUCGCCAAGGCGAUGAACAUCCCGCCGUACGUCGUCAGCCCGAACGGCACCAAGUACAUCAUCCGGCCGCCGAUUCCACCGAAGAAGGGCCGCAUAGCGAACGGCUACGAGUACACACCGUUCAAAAAAUGCAAAUUCCACAAUCUUUUCCCGAGCGAUGACGAAAUUCAGCAGGAUCCUUCCAUCGACGACGAAUUGCUAGAAAAAGAUGAAGCAUUCUACAAUCCCGAGUUCCAGUCGGAAGACUACAGCCGAACCGAGGCCUCGUUUGCGUGCAUCACCGUGUUCGUGAUGGUGAUGGGUUUCAUAUUUUCGAUUUACACCUUCCUGAAUCCACGAUACAUGUUCAAGCGGUUAGCCGGAGGAAUACAUUUCAUUUCUGCGGCGACGAGCAUCGUCGUAAUUCAAGUGCUAGUGGCUUCCGUGGAGUACGAAAAGGAAAACAUAUCCUACACCUUCCCGAAAGGUGCCAAAUAUAGUUACGGCUACGGAUUCUAUCUGGCGUGGUUCGUCUUUCUGUCGAACAUCUACGCCGGGCUGGCGUUCAUGUGGUACUCGAAGAAAAGGAAAGGCAACAAGGCGGCCACCGAGGAGCUGGGCAUGGCCGACGAACCGAUCAAUAUUGGCCGAUAGAGCGACAGGCAGACGAGAGUGACGACGGUGGGCAUCGACAGUGGACGGUCAAGCCAAAGACCAAAGACAACCAACUACUGGAUCCUGGAGGGGGACGGCCGGUCGAUAAAGACGAAGGUAGGAGGACGCGAUGGUGGAAGGGGAUUGGCGAGAAGUGAUUCGUUUCUUUUUAAUUCGCUCUCCAAGAUCCUUCAAGCACGUCCGAAUUCGAAGCGAAACUACUCUAAUAACGAUGGACAACAAGAAGCAUUAAGACAUUGUAUUUCUUCCUUUUUUACGCGAAUUCGUAUUUUGGUUUCUUCUUUUUGUAACUAUUUUUUUAAAUACUCUAUAUCUCACUCAUGAUUCGAUUUUCUGUUACGAUUUUACUGUUACAUUAACUGUUAUCGAAAUAAUAAAGAUA